AUCCUACAGCUGGCUGAUUAGUUAUUCCAGCAGAGGGGUGGAGAUUAAAAAUGUCAAAAAUUACUACAGAACUUCUUUUGGAAAGAGCGUUUCCAAGAUCUACACGGCUCCGAAAGAUCGAGACGCUGAACCUGUCCAAACUGCAGCUGAAGACUGGGGACUUAGAUCCACGUUUGUUUUCCCGCCUGAGGCAUCUGCAGAAACUAGAUCUCUCUGAUAAUUUACUGGACAAAUUUCCCAACAGUCUAACCCUGCCUGAUCUGCGUGUCCUAAACUGCAACAACAACAAACUGGAAGAUGUAACUGCUCUGAAACAGUUCCCUCUGCUUGAGGAGCUAACCUACGAGAACAAUGUGUACUUGACACUCAACGAUGACUAUAAAGUAAUGUUUCUUUUGCAAAAUCUUCGGCUACUCAAUGGCAAGGAUAUAACCAAACUGGCUAAUCAUGUGAGGCGUGUCAAUAGUCGUAAGCUCACCAGCAAAGUUACUGCUCACUGGGAAAAAUUCUUCCGUGACCAACUUCCUGAGAAAUAUACAGCGGAACAAGUGAAGUCAAUCAGGAAAAAGUUCCUGAAGUCAGUACAAACCAAUGUAGUGUAUGGACCCAGCUCUCUCAGUGAAUUCACCCGCUGGCGGGUGAAAAUGAUUGCAGAAGAGUUUCUGGCAUACUCACUGGGUCUGGAGUUAAACACAGAUCCUGAACCAGAGGAAAAGAUGGAUGAGAAUGAGGAAGAGAGUACAGAAGACCCCAGUGAAGCUGCAGAGGAUGUGGGUCAGGUCACAGUAACGCCCAGCAAGAGGAAAAGAAAUCAUUCAAAACCAGGCUCUGGAAACAAGAGGUCCAAGUCCCAGGCAAACACCGAGAAGGAGGCUGUAGUUAAUCCCAGAAAGUCCAGUCAUGUGCAGGAUGACGCAGCUCCUGAUAAACCAAGAACAUCGAACCAGCCAGUCAAAGAGGCAACCCCUGAGCAGGAAGCUGAAGGGACACCUAAGAAUGGAGAGCCAUUUCCCAAGGGGCAAAGCAACAGAAGAUCCAGCCAGCUGACAGGGGAACAGAAAAGCCAGGAGCAGGACAACGGAGUUGUUAGCUUGACCCCAGUGAAGAACUCCAAGGGCAAGGAGGAUGUCAGUGCAGAGCCAUUGCAUUUUCUUCAGUGUCACAGUAAAGGCAACAGCCGCGAGGAUUUUAAAACGCAGCUCUGGUCCUGUGUCUUCGAGCCAUUGCUAGACUGUGGAGCCAGGAAAGAUCCCAUUGUGAGCUCCUCCAGAACCGUGGCAACAUGUGGAGGGGAAUCUGUCUGUCUGAUUGAUUGUGAGACAGGGACAGUGCUGAAAAAGUAUAAGGUGGCUACAGAGGAGUUUUUCAGUGUUGCAUGGACAACCCUCACAAUGGUAAUCAGCGACAGUCGGAAAAAAUCUCAUAAUAUCUUGGCGGCUGCUGGGAGGAGAGGGAUCGUCAAACUGAUUCAUGUGGCGGCUGACUUCUGCUAUGGAGAGAUAAAGGCUCAUAAAAAGCCCAUUGCUACUGUCUGCUUCAGCCCAACUCAAGAAACGCACCUCUUCACUGCAUCCUAUGACAAGCGAAUUGCACUCUGGGAUAUUGGGAUUCCAGACUGUGACUACAAUUUCAAAGCAAGCCAGCUGCUGGUGCUGGAAGCACUCUCUAUUCCCUUACGGAUUGUGCUGGUCCCCACCUUCCCAGAGCAGUACCUGCUGGCUGGCUGUGAAAGCGGCUGCUUUGCCUGGAAUAUAAAACUGGAUAAGGAAGAAAAAAGCAGGACUUUUGAAGCCGUAUUCCAGUUUCCUGAGGAGGAUGGAAGCCUGACAACAUCUCACAGGGUUGAUGGUUUGGCUUUUCUGAAUGAUGAUGUCGUUGUUUCCAAGAGCUCUAAACCGGGAUGCAUAUACUUAUGGAGCUGGAGUCGGUCUUUUGAUGCAAAGGGGAAAGGCUGCCAGCGAACGGCAUCUGCAGUUAUUCUAGCUGAGCUCGAGUGGUCCGCGACAGACCUGUCCUACCUGACACUCAGCACCUGCCCAGCAAAAGCCUACGUGUUCUGUGGUGACGAGAAGGGAAGCGUGUGGAUGUACAACCUCUCAAACUACACCGCAGCGUGGAGCUCUGCAAGGGGAAAACGCUCAGACAAGAGGAUCCCUCCUGCACAGAUUCUCAAGUGGCCAGAGCUUCGAGCCAACGGGGAGCAGCUGACUGAAGUCCUAAUAAACAAUGUGGUAUCAGACCCUACUUUUACUUACCUUGUUGUUCUAACUAGUGUGAACAUAACAGCAAUUUGGAAGAAGUCAUAGUUCCUUGUAACAGAGUUUCAUUCCCGUGCUUUGAAAUAGUGCCAGUAUUAGUGACUGUUACCCAUGUAACCAUGAAGUUUUCUAGACCAGCUAUUAUGUGCAAAAAAAAAAAAAAAAAGUAAGAGUUUGUUAAACUCAUCAAGUCAUUGUAAACAUCUGGUUUCUUUUACUGUAAGUUUUCACAAUUUGUGCAUUUGUUUUAUAGAAAUGACACUUAAUAAAACA